AUGGGGGAUAGGCAACGAUUGAGUGAAGAACAUCCCUUGCAAGUAGCUCGUUGUACUAAGAUUAUAAAGGGGAAUGCUGCCUCUGCAACGGAGGGAGAGGAUGGUGGUGAUGAACAAAUAAAUCCAACCUCAACUAGCAAUAAUAGCAAUGCAGAAAAUGCAGAGGAAGAUGAGGAAGAUAAUAAAUACGUAAUCAAUUUGAAACAAAUUGCAAAAUUCGUUGUCGGGUUGGGGGAACGUGUAUCUCCAACUGAUAUCGAAGAAGGUAUGAGAGUUGGUGUGGAUAGAUCUAAGUAUCAUAUUGAACUACCCUUACCUCCAAGGAUUGACCCAUCUGUUACUAUGAUGACAGUGGAAGAGAAACCUGAUAUUACAUAUUCGGACGUAGGUGGUUGUAAAGAUCAAAUUGAAAAACUAAGAGAAGUCGUGGAAUUACCAUUAUUAUCUCCUGAACGAUUCGCUACAUUAGGUAUUGAUCCACCAAAGGGGAUUCUACUUUAUGGUCCACCUGGUACGGGGAAGACUCUUUGUGCCAGAGCAGUGGCAAAUAGAACAGAUGCAACUUUCAUAAGAGUCAUUGGUUCAGAAUUAGUACAAAAAUAUGUUGGUGAAGGUGCUCGUAUGGUUAGAGAAUUGUUUGAAAUGGCACGUACAAAGAAAGCUUGUAUCAUCUUCUUUGAUGAAAUUGAUGCCAUUGGUGGUGCUCGUUUUGAUGAUGGGGCAGGUGGUGAUAAUGAAGUGCAAAGAACUAUGUUAGAAUUGAUCACACAAUUAGAUGGGUUUGAUCCUCGUGGUAAUAUUAAAGUGAUGUUUGCAACAAAUAGACCAAAUACAUUAGAUCCUGCUUUGUUAAGACCUGGUAGAAUUGAUCGUAAAGUUGAAUUUUCAUUACCUGAUCUAGAGGGUCGUGCCAAUAUUUUCCGUAUCCAUUCUAAAUCAAUGAGUGUGGAGCGUGGUAUUAGAUGGGAAUUGAUUUCAAGAUUAUGUCCAAAUUCGACUGGUGCUGAAUUAAGAUCAGUAUGUACAGAAGCUGGUAUGUUUGCUAUCAGAGCUAGAAGGAAAGUUGCAUCUGAAAAGGAUUUCUUAAAAGCAGUGGAGAAAGUUAUUAACGGUUAUAAGAAGUUUAGUUCCACUUCACGUUAUAUGCAAUAUAAUUAG